GCCUGUCCGCACAGUCAGGUCCAGAGAGAGUGAAAAAGAGACACCUGAAGCAGCUGACUACUGCCGCCUCCAUAAGAGACAGCUCCAAACUGAGUGUGCCGACGGGAUAAUGCGUCUCUCAAAGGCCCUGAUUGACAUGGACAUGCCAGAUUACAGCGAAGCCUUAGACCCUGCGUAUACGACUCUGGAGUUUGAAAACAUGCAAGUGCUUGCAAUGGGCAGCGAUUCCUCACCCACCGAAAGUUCUAAUAUGAAUACCUCCAGUCUCCUGGGCACAGGCUCUUUGUGCGCCAUUUGUGGGGACCGCGCAACAGGAAAGCAUUAUGGUGCCUCCAGCUGUGACGGGUGCAAGGGCUUCUUUCGAAGGAGUGUAAGAAAAAACCACAUGUACUCCUGCAGGUUUAAUCGACAAUGUAUUGUGGACAAAGACAAGAGAAACCAAUGUCGGUAUUGUCGACUAAAGAAAUGCUUUCGGGCCGGAAUGAAAAAAGAAGCUGUUCAAAAUGAACGAGACAGAAUAAGCACCAGAAGAUCUAGUUAUGAAGACAGUGGUUUGCCAUCAAUCAACGUGCUUAUUCAGGCAGAAGUUCUGUCAAGACAGAUCUCUUCUCCGGUUCCAGUGCUAAAUGGAGACAUUCGAGCAAAGAAGAUCGCCAGCAUCAUUGAUGUCUGUGAAUCAAUGAAACAGCAGUUACUUGUCUUGGUAGAGUGGGCAAAAUACAUCCCUGCAUUUUGUGAACUGCCUUUAGAUGAUCAGGUGGCUUUAUUACGUGCUCAUGCUGGGGAACAUUUAUUGCUUGGUGCUACAAAGAGGUCUAUGAUGUUCAAGGAUAUUCUUUUAUUAGGAAAUGAUCACAUCAUUCCACGCAACUGCCCAGAGUUAGAAGUGGGCCGGGUGACAGUAAGAAUCCUUGAUGAAUUAGUGCUGCCAUUCCAAGAGCUACAGAUAGAUGAUAAUGAAUAUGCUUGCCUAAAAGCUAUUGUUUUCUUUGACCCAGAUGCCAAAGGUCUCAGUGACCCAGCGAAAAUCAAACGUAUGCGGUACCAAGUGCAAGUCAGCCUUGAGGACUAUAUCAAUGACCGGCAAUAUGAUUCACGGGGAAGGUUUGGGGAGCUUCUCCUUCUACUGCCAACUUUGCAGAGUAUUACUUGGCAGAUGAUUGAACAAAUUCAGUUUGUAAAGCUCUUCGGAAUGGCCAAAAUUGACAACUUGCUGCAAGAGAUGUUACUAGGAGGUAGGAGCAGCAGAUAUGAUGAACAGAGAAUUCUGGGCGAGUUCAAAUUUAAAACAAGUCAGGGUACAGCAAAUGAAGCUCCUCACACCCCACACACAUUGCAUCCUCAUCUGGUUCAAGAGCAUUUGAGCAGUAAUGUUAUAGUAACCAACACCAUGCCAGCCCAGAUUCAUAAUGGACAAAUAUCUACACCUGAAACUCCAUUGCCAUCUCCACCUACAGGAUCCAGCUCAGAUCAGUACAAAAUGACAGGGGUCAUUGCCACUGUACCGAAACAGUCCACAUCUAUUCCUCAUUCUGCCAUAACUAAACAAGAAGUGAUUUAACUACCAAACCGGACCUGGUGCUUGCAUAAACAUGGCAAAUAUAAUCAGUAUUUUUUAAAGUUAGACACAAAAGUUGUAUAAAUAAUUUAUGUGACAAGAGACAUUUUGUAAAAAUACUAAAGAAAAAAUAUUUAUCUGUUCCUACUGUAGAAUCAUAACUCAGGAGCUCACAUUGAUAGUAUGAAAUAAACUUUUUUUAUGAGACUUUAAAUUGUUAAAGCAAAAGCUUGAAUGGAUGUAAUUGGAAAAAAUAGAAAGUCUUAGAUUUCCAAGACUUUCAAAGGUAUGUUGUAUUAUAUCACUUUUCCUUGUAAAAGGGAAAGUAACACUUGUGAACGUAUUUCAAAUGAAAGCUCUUUUUAAAAAUUGUAAUGAUGUCAAGAAAAACUGCAAGUAAACCUGCUAUAAAGUUUAGUUUUUUUAUACUUCAUAUCAGCUUUAAUCCAACAGAUUCUAGAGUAUAAAGUAAUAUUAUACUUGUAUAAUGCAAAUCUGCCUUUUCCAUUUUGUUUGUGUUCAACUGUUAAUAACAACUGUCCAAUAUUGCCAUUAUCCAGAACAGCAAGUUUCUCGAAAGGGAGAAUACUUUUUAUAUUAUUAUUAUUAUUUUUUAAAUAAUCAUAAAUGCUUUCUUAUCUCAAGCAGUUUCAGUUCAUAUUGAAAACUUGCUAGAAUAAUUUUACCAAGUAGUAAAGUUUAAUAAACGCUAAUUAAACUCUUCUAAACGUACAAUAAAAAUGUAAUGAUUCAAAUUAUGUAAUAAAAGAACA